GGAGCCUGGUGGCUUGGACCUGGGCACAGAGGGAGGAACAGGGUGGCUGGUACUUAUAUUGGAAGGUAGAACCAUCACGAUGCCUUGUUGGAGGAGCCCACACAGGACAGGACUCCUGGGUCCCCUUGGUGGAUCUGCUCCUUGGAGAAGGCCGUUGGUUCUUGGUUCCAUACUUUAAUUUCAGAGUUAAUAGAAGGAGGUGGCAUCUCUUGCCUGCAGAUACGUAUUGAGGAAAUUCUUCAGGUGCUAUAAUGUGGCACUGCAAACAGUUGGGGAUUGCCAAUGUUGAGCUCAUGCCCUUAUGUCCCUAGGAUAUUCAUCCUUUUGUAAGCUCAAGCUGUGGAAGAUGGAGGAAGCCAACAACAGCUCUGGAAAUGGCUUUCUACUUCUGGGGUUUUCAGAUCAGCCCCAGCUGGAAAGGUGCCUUUUCAUCAUCAUUUUGCACUUUUACAUCUUUAAUAUUCUGGGGAACACAGCCAUCAUAUUGGUGUCUUGUGUGGAUGCCAAACUCCACACACCAAUGUACUUCUUCCUCAGCAACCUCUCCUGUGUGGACAUCUGUUUCACCACAAGUGUUGCCCCACAGCUGCUGGUUACUAUGAGUAAGAAAGACAAGAGCAUGAGCUAUGGAGGAUGUGUGGCUCAGCUCUAUGUGGCUAUGGGGUUGGGUUCCUCUGAGUGCAUUCUCCUGGCGGUCAUGGCUUACGACCGCUAUGUUGCAGUCUGCCGGCCACUGCACUACGCCACCAUCAUGCACCCCAAGCUCUGUGUUGCCUUGGCCAGCACAGCAUGGCUCAGUGGACUGGUCACCUCUCUCAUUCAGUGCUCCCUCACUGUGCAGCUGCCCCUCUGUGGUCAUCGGAAACUGGACCACAUUUUCUGUGAGGUGCCAGUGCUCAUCAAACUGGCCUGUGUGGACACAACUUUCAAUGAGGGAGAACUCUUUGUGGCCAGUGUAGUGUUUCUGAUUGUCCCUGUGUCACUCAUCUUAGUCUCCUAUGGCUUCAUAACCCAGGCUGUUCUGAGGAUCAAAUCAGCUGCAGGGCGCAAAAAGGCCUUCGGGACCUGCUCCUCUCACCUGAUUGUUGUCAUCAUUUUCUAUGGGACCAUCAUUUUCAUGUACCUGCAACCAGCCAAAAGCAGCUCCAAAAACCAGGGAAAGUUUGUUUCUCUUUUCUACACCAUAGUCACUCCACUUCUGAAUCCUAUUAUCUAUACUCUGAGAAACAAAGAUGUGAAAGGAGCCUUGAGGGCAAUGGUAAUAGGACAUGCUUUGGGGUCAGAAAGGUUAUGAGCUGGAUAUCUGGCACUAGAUGGUUUGUACUAAGUACUCCUCUGUUCAGAGCCACAGGUUAGUACAAAAUCUGCAGUUCUGCAAGAAGCUGAGGUACUCAAGGGACAAAAAUUCUAUGCUCUCUACUGAAAACACUCAGCUCUUUCUCAGCUAUGCCAUCAAAUUUCAUAUACCCAUUUUUUCUACCUAGUUUGGCGAUCCAUCGGUAAAUUUCUGUUUAUUCAUAAAGGCUCAGCUGAAAUGUUAUCUACAGUUUCCCACUUUUGUGAAACACCAUUCUUCUCACUCUCUGGGAAAAACUGUUUCCUAAUAUAUUUUGUAUAGCAUGUGAUACAUACUGCAGUUUCCAUAUGUUCACACAUGUUAAUAUGUAUAUAUUUGCCUAUAUAUACAAAUAGACUAAGCAAUAUGUACAUAUAAUAGAUAGGAAGUAAUAUAUAACCAUUUUCCCAUUAAUAAGGGGUACUAUAAAAAACUCAUGGAAAAAGGCAAUUAGAAGCCAAGCUU